ACAUGUUGCUUUUCGCAGCUGGCAGCGUUUAUUAUUUUUGUUUGUUGAAGUAGAUGCUCUUUUGAAAGAAUGGAAGCGAGUAUUGAACAGUCUACCGGUGAAGUUAUUAAAACUGAAGUUUCAAAUGAAGUAGUGACUGAAUCUAACAGAAAUGAUGAAAAUUCUGUAGAAACUGAUGAUGAUUUGGAAAGGAAACAUUUUCAGCGUAUUGUGAAUGCUUUUCGAAGUUACAAAAUUGGAUGCUCCUGUGACUUUUUAAAUGAAAAUAUAUCGAUGUGUACGUGGACAAAGUCAAUGGAGUGCGCAAUGCCAAGUUUGUGCAAUUCUCUGAUGUUUUUUUUAAGUGAAAAUAGGUCGAUGUGUACAUGGAUAAAGUCAAGGGAGCUACACAGUUUAAAAAGACUUUAUAAUUCCACAAAGUAUAUAAGUUCCUUACCUCAGUAUCAGCAGGAUCUGCUGAAAAAUUACAGGUCUCACCUCGACAAAGUGCGAGUGGCAAUUGAGCACAAUUAUGAAAUUAUAAAAAUUAUAAUAAAAGAUGUUGCUCAUCUGUUUCAGAAUGCAGAUCAUAGUAAUGAUAUAAAAGUCAUGAGCUCUGAUGUGACUCCAUUUGAUAUGGAGAAAGUUCAAUCAAUUUUCAAACAAUUGUAUCGAGAGUGGAGUAUGGAAGGAAAAGAAGAACGGGAUGCAUCCUUCAAGCCUAUAUUGGAUGAGAUUUCUGAACGGUUUCCUCCUGAUGAAAUAGAUUGUUCGAGUAUCCGCAUUUUAGUUCCUGGUGCUGGACUUGGAAGGCUGUCAUAUGAAAUAGCUCGAAAAGGUUAUACUUGUCAAGGCAAUGAGUUCAGCCUCUUUAUGCUUUUUACCUCCAAUUUUGUUUUGAAUAAGUGUCAAGGGCUAGAUUUAUAUCGUAUUUAUCCUUGGGUCCAUCAGUAUUACAAUAAUUUAAAGGCAUAUGAUCAAAUUCAAAUGGUGCGAUUUCCUGAUGUGGAUCCUUGCGAUUUGCCAUCUGGAAUAGAAUUUUCAAUGGCUGCUGGAAGCUAUAUAGAAAUUUAUAAGGAGCCAGAUUGUUGGGACUGCAUAGCUACAUGUUUCUUUUUAGACACAGCUAAUAAUGUGAUUGAUUACAUAGAAACAACAUGGAAUAUCCUAAAGCCUGGAGGAUACUGGAUUAAUUUGGGACCUCUUUUAUAUCACCAUGCUGAUGUACCUAAUGAAAACUCUAUAGAACCUAGUUAUGAAGAAAUUAGAGAAAUUAUUGUGAAAUUUGGCUUCACAAUUCUUAAAGAAGAACUGAAUGUUGUCACACCAUACUCUCAAAAUCCUCGUUCUAUGAUGUGCUAUGAAUAUAAAAGUGUUUUCUUUGUCUGCCGAAAACCAGAAGAAGUUGGAGAUCUAAACCAUUAUUGUUCAAGAAGUGUAGCAAUAAAAAAUGAAUAAGUUUCUAA